AGGAGCCAGCAUGGGCAAUCUCCUUUGCCGUUUUGAAAGCAGGUUUGUUGCCAUGGAGUUCACAUUCUGAGCAGAGUUGGGGAGUAUAAAGGUAACAGUUUGUUUUUAGUUUCAAAGAUCUGGCAAAUAGAUAGUUUGCUGCUCUUCUUCUGGAAAAUCCUGAUUGGUGAGAUUCCUUCAAGAGCUCAGCCCCAACGUGUUUUAUCCCAUCCCCUCACACUCUUGAAAACAAGUUUGCAGAGACCUCUGAAGGGAAAACCUGCAGUGCACCAAUGGCUAAUCCUGGAGGUGGUACUGUUUGCAAUGGGAACCUUCACAGUCACACCAAGCAGAGCAACGGCUCACAAGGUGGAAAGUGCACAAAGAAUGGAAUCGUGAAAGAAGCCCAGCAAAAUGGGAAGUCACAUAUUUAUGAAAAGCAAAUUGUUGAGUCCUUCGAGGAAGCACCUCUUCAUGUGAUGGUUUUCACUUACUUGGGAUAUGGAAUUGGAACCCUGUUUGGCUACCUCAGAGACUUUUUGAGAAACUAUGGAAUAGAAAAAUGCAAUGCAGCUGUAGAGCGAGAAGAACAAAAAGAUUUUGUGCCGCUGUAUCAAGACUUUGAGAAUUUUUAUAAGCGAAACCUUUACAUGCGAAUCAGAGACAACUGGAACCGGCCCAUCUGCAGUGCCCCAGGAGCUCGGUUUGACGUGAUAGAGAGGGUAUCAGACGACUACAACUGGACAUUUAGGUUUACUGGAAGAAUUAUCGAAGAUGUUAUCAACAUGGGCUCCUAUAACUUCCUUGGCCUUGCAGCCAGGUACGAUGAGUCUAUGCGAACAGUAAAGGAUGUGUUGGAGGCAUAUGGCCUUGGUGUGGCCAGCAGCAGUCAGGAAAUGGGUACUUUGGAUAAGCACAAGGAGUUGGAAGACCUUAUGGCUAAGUUCCUGAAUGUAGAAGCAGCUAUGGUCUUUGGGAUGGGAUUUGCAACUAACUCAAUGAAUAUCCCUGCACUCGUUGGAAAGGGGUGCCUCAUUUUAAGUGAUGAGUUAAACCACGCAUCUCUUGUGCUUGGGGCCCGACUCUCAGGUGCAACCAUAAGGAUCUUCAAACACAACAACACACAAAGCCUAGAGAAACUCCUGAGAGACGCUGUCAUCUAUGGCCAGCCUCGAACGCGCAGAGCUUGGAAAAAGAUUCUCAUCCUGGUAGAGGGGAUCUACAGCAUGGAAGGUUCUAUCGUGCAUCUGCCCCAGAUUAUAGCUCUAAAGAAGAAAUACAAGGCUUACCUCUACAUUGAUGAAGCGCACAGUAUUGGGUCCGUGGGCCCAACUGGCCGGGGUGUCACAGAAUUCUUUGGAAUAGACCCUGGCGAAGUUGACGUGUUCAUGGGCACAUUCACCAAAAGCUUUGGAGCAUCAGGAGGUUACAUAGCUGGAAGGAAGGACCUUGUGGAUUACUUACGGGUUCAUUCGCAUAGUGCUGUUUACGCUACAUCCAUGAGUCCCCCUAUAGCAGAGCAAAUCAUCAGAGCAGUGAAAUUGAUCAUGGGACUGGAUGGAACCACACAAGGGUUGCAGAGAGUACGGCAACUUGCAAAAAACACAAGAUACUUCAGACAGAAACUACAAACACUAGGAUUCAUUAUCUAUGGCAAUGAGAGUUCACCUGUCGUUCCUCUGCUCCUUUACAUGCCUAGCAAAGUAGCGGCUUUUGCAAGACAUAUGUUAGAGAGAAAAAUCGGGGUGGUAGUUGUUGGAUUUCCAGCCACCCCCCUGGCGGAAGCCCGGGCUCGGUUUUGUGUUUCGGCAGCACAUACCCGGGAGAUGCUGGACACGGUUUUGGAAGCCAUUGAUGAGAUGGGUGAUCUCCUGCACCUGAAAUAUUCCCGUCACAAGAAGUCAGUGCGCCCUGAACUCUAUGAUGAGACAAGCUUUGAACUCGAAGAUUAAGUUUCCUGGUCCCGAAUGAAAUAUAAAAACUUUGCCAGAAAGACCUCCCUCCUUGCCUCAGAAGGAACACAAAUGGAUUUCCCCCCUUUCCUAAGGACAAUUUUGGUUUCCAGACCAGUGUAAUUGAACUGAAGGGAAACGCUGUUGUUUUUAAUGUCUCCAACUCUGGACUGAUUCCAGACUUAAGUUUCUAGUCUCCCAAAUAUUCUGCUAGAAUGAACACACACACACACACCCCACAAACACAUAUACAUACACACUUCUUAGAAUAUUUUUAAUGGCAAUGAGCCUAUGUUUUAGCUGCUACCAUGCAACUCCUUUGGUCCCGACCCUUUCAGGGAUUCCAACCAAAGGAGAGAAUUUUUAUUUUAAUUCAGUAAUCAAUGUAUGUGUUUACUAAUUUUAUCUGCAUGUGUGCGCAAAAGUGGUCAACAAGACCUACAUUCUUGUCCCACCCUUAAAAGUAUCAGCUAGGACUCAUCUAUAACACAGGAAGUUCUAAGCAGGAUGAUAAAGAAAUGUGGCUUCUACCAUUUGCCACAUUUGGACCCUUUUCCAUGGAUAAGUGUCAAAAGACAUAGUUAAUGUUUCGAGGGAGACAGCAGAACUGUCUAACAGCAACUAGAAAUGUCUUCAAAGGAAACUUUCCUUUUCCUCUUGCUGGUCUCCAGUUUUACAGCUGAGAUUUUUUAGGUUUGAAACAUUCAAGACUUUUGUGGAAGGAGGUAGACCCAAGGAUAAGCCAACUUUAGGUCUAGACUACAUUUGUAAAGUUAUAACAACUUGAAUAUCAUUAGUGCUGUGCAGAGUAAAUGUUUAGCAUACAUGGCCUUUAUUACUUUAAGGAAUGAAUUGUCACUUUCCUACUGAAAUUUGAGUAAAUGUGAGAUUCUAUUUCCUUUAAAACUGACCCCUAAGACCACACUUGAAGAAUUUAUUGAUCCAAGAAGAACAUUUAAAAGCAAAUUCCAUCUCUCUUUUUAAAGACUGACAUCCCUGUUGCAGCCUAAUAAAUAGUACUGCCGCUUGGCACAUGCCCUCUGAAAUGGGUCAAAGUGGGCUUGCACACUUUUGAGCAACUAACUAUAAUUUACUUGCAUUUUAUCUUUGUCUGUCUGUCUGUCUCUCAAUGUGAACACAAAAUUUCUGGAAAAGUAGGCCUUUGCUAAUUGGAUCUAGUUGGUGUGGGAAAAAAGCCCAUGGAAAAUCUUAUCUUUAACUAGCUCCCAGAUGGUACCCAGAUUUGGAAGCUCUGAAGAGCAAUGGUGACCUUUUAGCAAUGCUCCUGUAACAGUUUGAAUGAGCUGCAGAACAUUCCACUCCAUCAAAUGACACUGUAAACAAAUCACUUCAAGAGAGGUUUAGUUUUGUGUGACCAGAUGGACCCAAGCUUUCAUGCUGUGCAGUGAGAUAGAAACUCGACCCAUGGCACCGGUGUUGGGUGGAGCAGUAUGCCCUGAUGCUCACAGCUUGUUUAAGAAAAAUGGUGAACAGUGUGGAAAGCUUUUUAUAGGGAAAUUAUAACCCCGAGUGGGUACAUCACUUUAAAAGUGAAUCACAAUCAUAGAGCUCCUGGUGAAUGUGUAAGAGUUGUAGGGAGUACUGUUAGGGAAAGAGACAAAGACGUGGAUUCUGAAAAAGCACUUGGCCUAUCCAAUGACUGAUUUUGAAAACUAAAUCCCAGCUCUUCUCAAUGAAACUGGUGCAGCAUCACAUGUGCAAAGAAAAUGUCUGUCAUCUAUGUGUGUAAAGAAAGGAAGACUGUAGGUCUUGCCUCCUGAAUAUGUGAACUUAAAAAUGAAUUUGUUCCUAGUAAAUUGUCUAAAAUGCACAAAUGCCUCGAGUUUUAGAAAGAGUAGGCAGAGGUAACAGUGAGAUAUGUAGGCCUUCUGAAAGAUGUGGAACACAAUACAUAUCAUCCUUCCUUUCUGGAUCUGACUGUAAUCUUCACACAAACCUUUACACCUACCUUCUGAGAUUUAAGUCCCUAGAUGGGUGUCAGCAUGAGCAGGAAUGUCCACCAUUAUUGCUUGCAUGGAAGCAAUUGAGUCUAAGUCAUCAAGGGAAACUAAUUACUUACCACCCAGCAUAGCAGGACAGAGAGGAUGUUACUCCCUUUGACAGUCCUGCAGUAAUCUAUUACUUCUAACGUACAAGAAAAAGAACUUAUUUCUAUCAGAGUCUAUGUUGAACAUACACUCGUGAGGCAAUGGUAAUCCAAGUGGAAUGCUUCCCGAGUGCAUGAGGAGGGAACCAGUUCCAUAGGGCUUAUAGUACGCAUAUAGAAGAGUAGAUGUCAUGUGUAAGAGAAUUGAGUAGAAGGAUGGUUGUGAACAAUGAGUUUUUUAAAUUUUU